ACAGAAGGACCGUUUUGUUUCUGCCAGAACUCAAACAACAAUAGCUUUUGGUGUUUGCGAACGAUUAACUCAACCCAUAAUUUUCUGUACUGCGAGUUCGUCACCGGUUUUAUUACUUAUUAUAAUCUAUUAAGAGAUCCCUAUCAGCUAAGGAACUCCAUAUACGACCUCGAGUUCACUACUUUGGAGGAACUCAGACGACAGCUAAACAAACUGAAGAGCUGUGCCGGCGCUCAACAUUGCACACUACCUGCCCAUCAAAUACAUAAUCACAUUAUAAACGGUAUAUAA